AUGUUCCGGAACGCCCUUCGACAGUCGACGCGCGCCGUCGGCGCUGUCUCUGCUGCUGGCAGGGUCGCCGCGGUCCGAAAUGCCGCACCCGCCUCCAUCAACGCCGCUCGAUUCUACGCCUCCGACGCCAAGGCCACUCCUACUGAGGUUUCUUCCAUCCUUGAGCAGCGAAUUCGUGGUGUUCAGGAGGAGUCCGGUCUCGCUGAGACUGGUCGUGUCCUCUCCGUCGGUGAUGGUAUCGCCCGUGUUCACGGCAUGGCCAACGUUCAGGCCGAGGAGCUUGUCGAGUUCGCUUCCGGUGUCAAGGGAAUGUGCAUGAACCUCGAGGCCGGCCAGGUCGGUGUUGUGUUGUUCGGCUCUGAUCGUCUCGUCAAGGAGGGUGAGACCGUCAAGCGUACCGGCGAGAUUGUUGAUGUCCCCGUCGGCCCUGAGAUGCUCGGCCGUGUUGUCGACGCUCUCGGUAACCCCAUUGAUGGCAAGGGCCCCAUCAACACCAAGGAGAAGCGCCGUGCUCAGCUCAAGGCUCCUGGCAUUCUGCCCCGAAAGUCCGUCAACGAGCCCGUCCAGACUGGUCUCAAGUCCAUUGACGCCAUGGUUCCCAUCGGCCGAGGUCAGCGUGAGUUGAUCAUUGGUGACCGUCAGACCGGUAAGACUGCCGUUGGUCUCGACACCAUCCUCAACCAGAAGCGAUGGAACGAUAGCCAGGAUGAGAAGAAGAAGCUCUACUGUAUCUACGUCGCCGUUGGUCAGAAGCGAUCCACCGUUGCUCAGCUUGUCAAGACUCUCGAGGAGAAUGACGCCAUGAAGUACUCCAUUGUCGUUGCUGCUACCGCCUCUGAGGCCGCUCCUCUUCAGUACCUCGCUCCUUUCACUGGUGCCUCCAUCGGUGAGUGGUUCCGUGAUAACGGCAAGCACUCUCUCGUCAUCUACGACGAUCUUUCCAAGCAAGCUGUUGCUUACCGACAGAUGUCUCUGCUUCUCCGACGUCCCCCUGGACGUGAGGCUUACCCCGGUGACGUUUUCUACCUGCACUCUCGUCUGCUCGAGCGUGCCGCCAAGAUGAACGACAAGCUUGGUGGUGGCUCCAUGACUGCCCUUCCCGUCAUUGAGACCCAGGGUGGUGAUGUCUCCGCCUAUAUUCCUACCAAUGUCAUUUCUAUCACUGAUGGUCAGAUCUUCUUGGAGGCUGAGCUGUUCUACAAGGGUAUCCGACCCGCCAUCAACGUCGGUCUUUCUGUCUCUCGCGUCGGUUCCGCUGCCCAGGUCAAGGCCAUGAAGCAGGUCGCCGGCUCUUUGAAGCUCUUCUUGGCCCAGUACCGUGAGGUCGCUGCCUUCGCCCAGUUCGGUUCUGAUCUUGAUGCCGCUACCAAGCAGACCCUCAACCGUGGUGAGCGUCUUACUGAGCUUCUCAAGCAAAAGCAAUACAGCCCAAUUUAUGCAUCCCCCUCCCUCUAA